AUGCGCCGUGUGAUGUGUGUGUUGGCCGUUGUGAUGUGCUGCGCCUACUGGUAUACCAUGACGGCUGCUGCUAGUAGUUCUUCUUCUGAAGGAGGGGUAGCCCAUGAGGAUCUUGAUUCUUCUUGGAAUGAUAAGGUGGAAUAUGACAAGUUGGUGGGGGCUGCUGGUGAUGUUAGUUGGUCACAGUUGGGUACUGGUAUGAGCGAAGAAGGUAAAAAAAUUGAAAAGUAUUACAAGUGUAAGAAAGCCCCUAAUCAUACAGUUGAAGGAAUAAACUGUUCGAUUUGGAAAGAAUUUAGGAAUGGGACUCCCAGUAAACCAGAGCCAAUUGACCAGGAGGUACUACGUACACAACAACAACAGAAAGGUGAUUCAACUGAUGAAAUUGCUGGAGUGAGUGGACCUCGUCUUCAAACCAGUGGUACUGUUGCCAAGGGGAGUGGUGAAAGCUCAGAAAAGGCUACGGUAACUGAACCCCAAUCUGUUGAAAAACCAUUGGAUACACCAGAUAUAAUGACUAUACCUGCAAAACCUAUAUCUGCAACGAGUUCUUCUGCGAGUGCACCUGCAGAGACCAGCACAAUUUCAUCAUCUUCCACUAAAGAGAAUACAGGUAGCAGUACCUCUGGCACAGACGCAGCUGAUAACAGUACAUCCGCCGACUCUAAUCUUACCCAGCAAACACCUGCAACUGUUGAUUUGACUGCUAUACCAGACUCACAAGGAACCAAUUCCACUACUCCACAGAGCCCCGAGAGCAAUGUCACUGAUACACCAACCACCACUCCAUCUACUGUACCCAACGGAGGGUUAACCACAAUCGCAUCCGCAGUGCAGAAGAACAGACCCAAUGCUGACAGCAGUCUCAGUCCUGUGUGGAUGUGCACUGCAGCACCGUUGAUGAUUGUGGCUGUGUUGUUCUCCGCUACCGUGUACUGA